AUGGCUUCUCCUCCUGUGAUGCCUGAAGGAGGAGGAGGAGCGGGAAAUGUCGUUAGGAAAAUCGCAGGUGCUUCUAUUGCUUGGAAAGAUUUGACUGUUACUAUGAACGGGAAGAGAAGAUAUUCAGAUAAGGUGGUUAAGAGCUCGAACGGCUAUGCGUUUCCCGGGACUAUGACUGUGAUCAUGGGUCCUGCGAAAUCCGGGAAGUCUACACUCUUGAGAGCUCUUGCUGGAAGAUUGCCUCCUUCAGCUAAAAUGUACGGAGAGGUGUUUGUGAACGGAUCAAAGUCACAUAUGCCUUAUGGAUCAUACGGGUUUGUUGAGAGGGAGACACAACUCAUUGGAUCGCUUACGGUUCGCGAGUUCCUGUACUAUUCUGCUCUGCUUCAGCUUCCUGGUUUCCUCUGUCAGAAAAGGAGUGUUGUGGAAGAUGCGAUCCAAGCUAUGUCUCUGAGUGAUUACGCGAACAAAUUGAUCGGUGGUCAUUGUUACAUGAAGGGACUCCGAAGUGGCGAAAGAAGACGUGUCUCUAUUGCUCGUGAGCUUGUUAUGCGGCCGCAUAUCUUGUUCAUCGAUGAACCUCUUUAUCAUCUUGACAGUGUUUCGGCACUGCUUAUGAUGGUGACACUAAAGAAGCUUGCGAGUAUGGGAUGUACACUUGUAUUCACGAUUUAUCAAAGCAGUACCGAAGUGUUUGGUUUGUUUGAUAGAAUCUGCCUUUUAUCAAACGGAAACACACUCUUCUUUGGGGAGACGCUUGCUUGCUUACAGCACUUCUCAAAUGCUGGAUUCCCAUGCCCGAUAAUGCAAAGUCCCUCGGAUCAUUUCUUGCGGGCUAUAAACACAGAUUUCGAUAGGAUUAUUGCAAUGUGCAAAAACUGGCAGGACGAUAAUGGGGACUUUUCAGCAGUGAAUAUGGAUACUGCUGUUGCUAUUCGAACUCUCGAAGCUACUUAUAAAUCAUCUGCAGAUGCUGCUUCCGUCGAGACUAUGAUACUCAAACUUACCGAAAGGGAGGGCACACAGCUUAAAUCCAAGGGAAAAGCUGGUGCUGCUACGCGUGUUGCAGUGCUCACUUGGAGAUCGCUUUUAGUUAUGUCGAGGGAAUGGAAAUACUAUUGGCUCAGACUUAUCCUCUACUUGAUUCUUACACUUUGUAUUGGCACAUUAUAUUCUGGCUUGGGACACUCUCUGUCUUCUGUUGCAACAAGAGUUGCUGCUGUGUUUGUUUUUGUCUCCUUUGCCUCACUAUUGGGAAUUGCUGGAAUACCUUCGCUUUUGAAAGAAAUCAAGAUAUAUAGAAGUGAAGCAUCGAACCAGCAUUCGGGUGCUUUUGUCUUCCUGCUUGGACAGUUUCUUGGAAGCAUACCGUUCUUGUUUCUCAUGUCCAUUUCCUCAAGCCUUGUCUUCUACUUCAUGGUCGGAUUAAGAGACGAUUUCAGCUUGUUGAUGUACUUUGUGCUCAACUUCUUCAUGUGCCUAUUGGUUAACGAAGGCUUGAUGCUCUCCAUUGCUUGCAUUUGGCGAGAUGUUUACUGGAGCACCUUGACUCUCAUCUCUGUACACGUGAUCAUGAUGCUCGCUGCAGGUCACUUCAGGAUCCGAAACGCUUUACCAAAACUCGUGUGGACUUACCCUUUCGCUUACAUCUCGUUCCACACUUACUCCAUUCAGGGUCUUUUGGAGAAUGAGUACUUAGGGGAAGUGUUUGCGGUUGGAGAAGUGAGGAGUAUUUCGGGUUAUGAAGCGAUAAGAGGAGAUUAUCAGAUAUCUCCAGACACAAACUCAAAGUGGAGGAACAUGCUUGUGUUGUUGGCUAUGGCUUUUGGGUAUCGUCUUGUUGUUUAUGUUUUGCUACGUUUUGGGCUAAACAAGAAUGUGUCUGCUCGUUUAUUGCUUUGUCAUAGGAAGAAUAACAAUUCUUAG